GCACUGAUGGAGGCCUAGCAAACGAGAUGUUUGCCUAAUGGAUUUGGGAUUUCUCCUUUCAGUGCCAAGCAACCACUUCUUGCCAUUGCCUGCCACAGCUCCAGCCCCUAACAUGGCUGGGUGGUUAUGACUCCGAGCCUGCUGAGCACAGCCCACCCUCCUCUGCUGGGGCAUUUGGCUUUGUGUUCUCUUGUGAGCACUUCCUUUUUGCUGUCCUGAGAGGUCAGUGCAUGAGGCUUCUGAAUGCGUGGGAGAUGGGUCAGGACCAGACAAAGCAACAGAUAGAGAAAGGACUCCAUCUUUACCAGUCUAACCAGACGGAAAAGGCCCUGCGAGUCUGGAUGAGGGUUUUGGAGAAGUCUGCGGAUCCUGCUGGCAGGUUUCGGGUUUUGGGUUGCCUCAUCACUGCUCAUGCAGAGAUGGGCAGAUACAAAGACAUGCUGAAGUUUGCAGUGGUACAGAUUGACACAGCACGGGAGCUGAAAGACCCGGAUUACCUUACUGAGAGCUAUCUGAACCUGGCUCGCAGCAACGAGAAACUCUGCGAAUUCCAGAAGACAAUCUCUUACUGUAAGACCUGCCUGAACAUGCAGGGCACCACUGUGAGCCUGCAGCUGAAUGGCCAGGUCAGCCUCAGCAUGGGCAACGCCUUCUUGGGCCUCAGCAUUUUCCAGAAGGCUCUGGAGUGCUUCGAGAAGGCUUUACGCUACGCACACAACAACGAUGACAAGAUGUUGGAGUGUCGCGUCUGCUGCAGCCUCGGCAACUUCUACACCCAGAUAAAGGACUACGAGAAAGCCCUGUUCUUCCCCUGUAAAGCAGCUGAGCUGGUGAACGACUAUGGGAAGAGCUGGAGCCUGAAGUACCGUGCCAUGAGCCAGUACCACAUGGCCGUGGCCUACCGCAAGCUGGGGCACCUGGCGGACGCCAUGGGCUGCUGCGAGGAGUCCAUGAAGAUUGCUCUGCAGCACGGUGACAGGCCACUGCAAGCACUGUGUCUGCUGUGCUUUGCAGACAUCCAUCGCAGUCGCAAAGACGUGCAGACAGCUUUUCCUCGGUAUGAUUCUUCCAUGAGCAUCAUGACGGAGAUUGGAAACCGCCUGGGCCUGAUCCAGGUGCUGCUGGGAGUGACCAAGUGCUGGAUGAUCCAGAAGGAGCUGGACAAGGCUCUGGAAAGCAUUGAAAAGGCACAGGAGCUGGCAGAGGGACUAGGGAACAAGCUCGGCCUGCUGAAGCUCCACUGCCUGUGUGAAAGGAUCUAUCGCACAAAGGAGCAGCAGCGAGAACUGCGUGACCACGUGGUGAAGUUCCACGAGUGCGUGGAGGAGAUGGAGCUGUACUGUGGCAUGUGUGGAGAGUCCAUUGGGGAGAAGAACAACCAGCUCCAGGCACUGCCUUGUUCCCACUUCUUCCACUUGAAGUAA